AUGGUGAUGACGAUGACUGGCCGUGUGCUGCUGGUGUGUGCCCUCUGCGUGCUGUGGUGCGGUGGUACCGUUUUGGUGUUGGCGGCCGGUGAUGGCGAUGGCGAUGGCAGAGGUGUUGAUAGUGAACCUUUGCUGGAAAGCGCAGAAAGUGCAGCAUUAUUACCAAGCAGCCCUGAAUCACGUGUAGAGUUAAAAGUAGUUUCAAAUCCACCGCCGAAACACGUGGAAGAAGUACAUACACCCGCAAAAGAAUCUUCGGCAGAAGAAGAAGAAGCAGGAGAAGAGGAAGUAACAGUAAAAAGUGAAGAAGGACAACAAGAAGACGAAAAUUCACUACAAGUGAAUAGAAGGAAGACACCCGAACUUCUAAUAAAUGAAAAUGAGACACCACAAGCUCGAGAAGGAGAAGGAAGCCUAACAGCAGGAGCAUUGGAAGAAUCACCGACAACGCCAGGACCACAAGCACCGACGCUACAAGUACCACCACCAUCACCAUCACAAGCAUCAGUUGUUGGUGAAGGCGAUGGCGGUCUUGUUGGAAUUGGUGGCACUUCUCGUGUUACUGGUGAGGCCACUAAAGAUCCUAAAGGAAGUGAAGGUCCCAUUUCCGGGCCGCCUUCCGGUGGUGCUUCUUCAUCUACCACUUCCAACGAUGGAGACGCUUCACGGAAGAAUGGCGGUGCACCAUCCACUCAGGACACGACAUCUUUAAAAAACAAUGAGCAGUCAGGGCCAACAACAUCUUCAGGGAACGCACCACUCAACAGGGGGACACCGGAGAGAUCAACACCCGAUGCAAAACGGCACUUCUCUGAAACACAAGAAAAUGAAACGAGUCGACUUCCUGAUGGGGAUGCAAAUUACAGCGCCGCGGGGCAGAGUGCCGUGGGGACGAAAGGCUCUUCCGGCGUAUCGACUACCGCCAGCAACGCACCAACAACACCUCUACCACAACUGCCAGCACCACCAGUACCAACAGUAUCGACAGUAACGGGAGCGCCGGCAGAAAAACCAACUGCAGAACAAUCACCACCACCGGCAGAUUCAACAACAGGAGAAGGCCUAGCAGCAACAACAACAGCUCAAACGAAUGAUACGGCAACACCUGGCGACAGGGACGGCAGCACCGCGGUCUCCCACACCACCUCCCCUCUUUUGCUUCUCCUUGUUGUUGUUGCGUGUGCGGCUGCUGCCGCGGUGGUGGCCGCGUGA